AAAAAAACGAUUCUCAACAAAAAAAAAAAAAAAGGAAAAGAAAAAUUCAGAUAAGAUAUUUGCCCAACGCGACACCUACAGUGAAAGCAAUGUUCUCAGAUUAUGCAUGAACUCGUUUCCGAGACGCAUUGAGUUCAACUGUUGAAUCAAUCAAUUUUACCAUCGAUGAAUUUGCCGGCGAGUUUUCAGGGACGUGUUCUUCCCUUUGCACAGUGCAGCUCUUGCUCCGUUAUUCAUUUCCGGCCUUUGGCUUUUCCCGCCAGAGUUGUUCCACGAUGGAGCUGCAAUUUUCCGGCUAACCAGUUGUCUAGAUUUGGAAAGGCUGUUUGUAAAAUGAGCGGAACUGAUACAGAACCUGAGAGUGGUAAUAGUGAGACGAAGGACAGAAGUACGCAGAAUGUAGAAGAUCACUUGAAAGCGAUAGAGUCGCUCAUCGGAAAUCGUUCUCAUAAAGAUGAAGAGCAGUCUAGCAGUGUAACCAUGCUGGAGUCUGAAACAACCGAAAAUAGAACUGAAACUAAUACAGGAACUGAGGAGGGAAAUGAUUAUGAAGUUGCGAGUGGAUCACCUCUGCCAGGUCUGAAGUCACAGCAGCUUGACGAAUCAAUGAGGAUAUCGAAGGAGACAAUUGACAUUCUGAAAGAUCAAGUUUUUGGUUUUGACACCUUUUUCGUGACAAGCCAGGAGCCAUAUGAGGGUGGAGUGCUAUUUAAAGGAAACCUUCGAGGCCAGGCUUCAAAAAGUUAUGAGAAGAUAAGAAAUAGAUUGCAGGACAGAUUUGGAGAUCAAUACAAACUUUUCCUCUUAAUCAAUCCGGAGGAUGAUCAGCCAGUUGCUGUUGUAGUCCCCAAAAUAACCCUGCAACCGGAUGUUACAGCUGUUCCUGAAUGGUUUGCAGCUGGUGCUUUUGGAUUAGUCACAAUCUUCACGUUAAUGCUUCGGAAUGUACCCGCUCUGCAAUCAAACUUCUUAUCCACUUUUGACAAUCUAGAACUAUUGAAGGACGGCCUUCCUGGAGCACUGGUGACAGCUUUUGUUCUUGGUGCUCAUGAAAUCAGCCACAUUUUAGUGGCUAGAGGAAGCGAGAUCAAGCUUGGUGUCCCAUAUUUCGUUCCUAGUUGGCAGAUAGGCUCUUUUGGUGCUAUAACAAGGAUUUUAAACAUUGUCAAGAAUCGGGAGGAUCUUUUGAAAUUUGCAGCUGCUGGACCACUGGCUGGGUUCUCACUAGGUUUCCUCCUCUUGCUUUUGGGCUUCAUCUUGCCACCUUCUGAUGGUCUUGGAACGGUUGUUGAUGCUAGUGUUUUCCAUGAAUCAUUUCUAGUUGGGGGCAUAGCUAAAUUACUUCUUGGAGAUGCUCUGAAGGAAGGCACUGCAAUAUCUUUAAAUCCGCUAGUAAUAUGGUCAUGGGCUGGACUCCUGAUUAAUGCAAUUAACAGCAUUCCUGCGGGGGAACUUGAUGGUGGUCGAAUUUCGUUUGCUUUAUGGGGAAGGAAGGUAAUGUACUUACCAAUGUAAUUACUUUCUUUAGGCACACCUCACCGAAGCAUGUGGACUUGAGUUUUAGGCACACAAGUUUCCUGGACCGGGCAUGCUAUACCAAUAAAUUUUUUAAGUGACUACCAUUGAUCUUUGUAUAUUUUUUGCGAGCUUAAAAUAAUAGCUUCCAACCGUUACCAUAUGGGUGUUAAUAUUGUGGAAACUUUGUUCCUUUGCCAGGUUUCAUCUCGCCUCACUGGAGUCUCUAUCGUGCUCCUUGGAAUAUCUUCGCUAUUUAAUGAUGUUGCAUUUUAUUGGGUGGCUCUUAUAUUCUUUUUACAGAGAGGGCCAAUUUCGCCAUUGUCUGAAGAAAUUUCGGAACCUGAUAACAAAUACGUCAGUCUAGGUGUUUUGGUUUUGCUUUUAAGCCUUCUAAUAUGUUUACCUUACCCCGUCCCUUUCAAUACUGAAAUCAUCUCCAGUCUUUAGAAUGCAAUCUACGCAUGUAAUGUGACCACGGGGAUUUUGUGAACAAGUCUUUCUUUACAAUCGGCUUAUUUGUGUACCGUACCGUGUGCAAUUUAGUUUCUAAGGUUACAAACACAGAUAAAGGUGCAAUGAUCCCAAGGGUUGAAUACUUGAAAUUGUUGUACUACAAUAUUUGGUUAACUUGGUUAAUACAGGCUCGAACAUAGUCCUAUUUAGCUCAGC